GCCAUGUUCGCGCGUGGGUCCCGGAGACGCCGCUCCGGUCGCGCGCCUCCAGAGGCGGAGGACCCAGACCGCGGCCAGCCCUGCAACUCCUGCAGGGAACAGUGCCCCGGCUUCCUGCUGCACGGCUGGAGAAAGAUCUGUCAGCACUGCAAAUGCCCGAGGGAAGAGCAUGCUGUGCACAUGGUGCCUGUGGAUCUGGAACGCAUCAUGUGUCGGCUAAUCUCAGACUUCCAGCACCACUCCAUCUCCGAUGAUGACUCUGGCUGUGCCUCGGAGGAGUAUGCCUGGGUGCCCCCUGGUCUCAAGCCAGAGCAGGUAUACCAGUUUUUCAGCUGCCUUCCAGAGGACAAGGUCCCCUAUGUCAACAGUCCCGGGGAGAAAUACAGGAUCAAGCAGCUGCUGCACCAGCUGCCCCCACACGACAGUGAGGCACAGUACUGCACAGCACUGGAAGAGGAAGAGAAGAAAGAGCUCAGAGCCUUCAGCCAGCAGCGGAAACGAGAGAAUCUGGGGCGCGGCACUGUGCGCAUCUUCCCUGUGACCAUCACUGGAGCCAUCUGUGAGGAGUGCGGGAAGCAGAUUGGAGGUGGGGACAUCGCAGUGUUUGCCAGCAGGGCAGGCCUGGGUGCCUGCUGGCACCCACAGUGUUUUGUGUGCUCCACGUGCCGGGAGCUGCUGGUGGACCUCAUCUACUUCUAUCAUGCUGGCAAAGUCUACUGUGGUCGUCACCAUGCUGAACGCCUGCGCCCGCGCUGCCAAGCCUGUGAUGAGAUCAUCUUCUCCCCUGAGUGCACCGAGGCUGAGGGCCGGCACUGGCACAUGGGUCACUUCUGCUGCUUUGAAUGUGAAGCAUCGCUAGGAGGGCAGCGCUACGUCAUGCGUCAGAGCCGCCCCCACUGCUGUGCCUGCUACGAGGCCCGCCACGCGGAGUACUGUGAUGGCUGUGGGGAGCACAUUGGCCUGGACCAGGGGCAGAUGGCUUAUGAGGGCCAGCACUGGCACGCCUCAGACCGCUGCUUCUGCUGUAGUCGCUGCGGGCGAGCCCUGCUGGGCCGCCCCUUCCUGCCACGCCGCGGCCUAAUCUUCUGCUCGAGAGCCUGCAGCCUGGGGUCGGAGCCCACGGCUUCUGGGUCCGGCCGCCGUAGCUGGAGCGCGGGCACGGUCCCCGCGCCUCUUGCAGCAUCCACGGCCUCUUUCUCUGCUGCGGAGGAGGCGUCCGAGACCUCCACCAAAGGCACCAGCACGGAGCCGGAGCCUGUUACAGGCCCUGAGGAGCCAGCCCGCUUUCUGAGAGGGGCCCCCCACCGCCACUCCAUGCCAGAGCUGGGGCUCCGCAGUCCCCCCGAGCCACCCCCAGGACCCCCCAGACAGCCAGACCCGAGCCCGGAAGAUGGUGCCUUUGGUCGCCAGAGCACCCCUCGUGUCAGCUUCCGUGACCCUCUGGUGUCCGAGGGAGGCCCGCGGCGGACCCUGAGUGCGCCCCCAGCCCAGCGUCGCAGGCCACGCAGUCCCCCACCCAGGGCCCCCACCCGUCGUCGCCGCCGCCACCACCACCACCACAACCACCACUAUCACCGCCGCCAAUCUGGCAGAUAUCGCCACCACCAAUGUGACUUGGGAUCAAGAUCGGACUCAGGAUCUUGUUCCAGCUCACCUUCUAGCCCCAGUUCUGAGUCCUCAGAGGAGGAUGGCUUCUUCCUAGGGGAACGCAUCCCGCUGCCCCCGCAUCUGUGCAGGCCCCGGCCUGCUCAGGACAAUGCAACUGGAACCCCUAAAUCCCCAUCUCCACAGCUCUCCGGGAACUCGCGCCCAGGGAUGCCUCGCCAGGCCAGAGAUAAGAACUGCAUCGUGGCUUGA